AUGUCACUCAAAGAAAUCAUGAAAGAUGUUAAAGAUAAUCUUGCAAAAGAGAAAAAGAAACGAGCCAGACUGAAAGACCUGGACCUCAUUGUGCUAGACAACUCACUUCGUGAGAGCACUGUGGGUCAGCUUCGUGGGCACACAUUGGAAAACAAGCGUAGGAUUUACGAUGAAGUCAGAAAGUGUGGAUUCCAGUUCAAGAUUGUGGCAGCCUAUUCCCAUAUGACACGCGUGGAUGACUACUGGGUCGCUGCGAUCGUCCGUGAUUGUGAGGAAGGCAAAGAAGACCUGGGUAACCUAUUUGCAUUCAGUGAGUUUAUCGAGUCGAUCUCUCAAGGUAUUCCUGACACCAAAACUAUUCCAGUGGGUCUGAGAAAGAUGCAAGAGCAGGGAUUGAUCAAUCCUAUCAUAGAGAUAGAUUUGGCCAUAAAAAGUAUCAACUGGGAAAAAUUCACCACGAAGGACAUGUGCCUACUGCUGACUGAAAGAUUCAAAUGGAGCCGAAAAUAUCUGUCCCCAGAUGCCAAGAUCCUGGUAAAUCUAAGAGACUUUCCAGACGCCAUGGUCUAUGAAAUGGAACGACUCUUACAGGUUGUGAACUUCAUGGCAUCUUUACCUGCUACGGAACGUCCUUUUGGAAUUAUCUUUGAGGAGCCAACAGGCAAGUAUUUGCCUGAGGAGGUUGGAGCUUGGACUGCUGGUAAGGCGGUAUACUAGCUAAUUUCAGUCACAUAGGAAUCCGAAACUGAGAAAGCAAGGUAGCCUGUUGUAAGCUCAAAGCAAAAUAUGUAAAUGGACUGUUAAAAGCACUUGGAAUUUUCAUCUUAUCCUUUCUGAAUUCUUAAACGGUUUGAAAACUUGUUAACAGUGUCAUUCUCUUAAAUCAAUUUUUUUAUCUUAUGCUAUGCCGCAGGUGUACGAAGGAUCAUGGACUCGCGCGGUUGGAGCAAUGGAAACCUCUUCGUCCAUGUUCACAAGAAGUGGGCUCUUGGAGAAAUGGUGCAGCUUGAAUGCCUUAUAAACGGAGCUAACGGUAUCUGGGCAAGCGUUUGUGAAGAGGGAGCUGCUCUUGGUCACGCAUGUUCUACAGUCACGCUGAUGAACCUCGUUCGAAUGGGGAACGAAAAGGUCCUAAAACGCUACAACUGCCCCGCCCUGAGGGACGCUGCAUCUAGCGUGACUAAGAUCACCACUGGCCUUCCACCCCAUCUCAAGCAAGUCAUCUAUGGCGACAGGGCGCUGGACUUAGCAUUUGACUUUGGAAGCAUAGCAGGUGGAACCGUUGGGGAAACCGACUUUGACUUAGCGGCAUUCUUUGGAAUGGAGGCUCCGGUGAGAAUCAGCACCCUUUCCUCCGAGCGUAUGAUCCAGGAAAGGCUGAUAGAUCUAUUUGGUGAGGAUAGGCAGUUUACGAUGGAAAUGGCUGGGGCUAUGAAAGAAAAAAUGCUUGAAGACCUGAGUGGUAAUAGGAAAGAAGAGUACAUGAGCGAGGCAGGUAUAGCAUUGCUGUUUGAUCGCGCAGGAGGAAAACUCACGGCCAACAUGGCUCGAGUGAUUCAACGAGUGAAAGUUACGAGUGUACACGCCCAACAUCUCAUUGAAGAGGUUCGCAGUAUGUGGAACGAGUGGGACAUCGAGGAAGAUAAACCGAAUGACGAUCAGCUAAUGUUCCGCUCUUUCUACAACGGGUUCAUGGCUCCCUACUUUGGUUGCUUCAUGUGCGCUGACACACAGAAGGCCCUGCAAGCCAUCAACAUGGAUAAUGACGGGUACAUCGACUGGAAUGAAUUCCUGGUUUACCUCAAGUGGGCGGUGCGUGAAUAUCCCAACAUCAAAGAUGUCGAUGAGUUGUUACACGUGGCCUUUAAUAAGGGAAUCAUUCCCGCCAUGCGAGAUGAGAUCCAGGCCAAAGAAAGCUUUUGA